ACCCAUAAUUCUGCUUCCAGCUGAGAAAAGUACAAGCGUUGUGAUCAUAUAAGGAGACUGCGAUGAAGAAAUGGAUGAGUCUAUUGCUUCCCACCGGUCUCCCCGUUAACCGUCAGGUCUUUCGUUUAUUUUGAUUCCAAGGACCAAAGUUGUCCCUCUACUAUCAGCGCUGUUUUUAGACCUCUCGGUAGUAAAUAUCCCCCCGACUCCGUCGCUAACCUCACACCCUCAUACAUACCUGAAUUGAACUCCUUGUCGCCUGUUUAUCUUUUGUAGUACUCUGUACCGGAUCAGCUUAGUUUCUGACCUUUAAGCUUCAUCUCCUCAAGUGUUUUCGUUGGAUCCACAAAUUUUAACGAGCUUUACAGGCUACAUAACCCCUCAGGAUUUGCGCAACUCAAUCCAGAACCAGUCAUCUGCAAACUGUCGUUCGAGCUUGGCAAGAUGCAACCACACUCGCUGGAAGAAGACGAAAAAUUCGAGGGGACUUGUAAUCAUCAACUCACCCACGUUCUAUCCUCAGAGGCAGAGGAGUACAAUUCUUCAUGGGAUAAAUUACAGAAUUCGGCAAGAAAGAAAAUGCUCAUCACAACUCCCCAACGCUCAAACAACCGUUUACGGACCUUGAUACUAAUCAGUCUGCUUGUAUCACAAUCAAUUGGUGUUAUCGGAUUCUUCACUUCAGUAUUCAUAUCCUUGAAGCCAUAUGUCUCUUCUGAUUAUGACCAUGGCUACCAAUCCAUGUUAGGUUAUCUAGUCAUCUUUACCAUUGCAAACGUUUUUGAGGUGUAUAUUGCUAUCGAUUCUCUUCUCAACCAAAAUGCACCUCAAUUGUUCGCACUCUGUCUAUUCGAAGGAUCCAUGACUGGUUUUGGUGCAUUGCUGCCUCAUCAAAUCCAUAGAGCCCUCAGACACGAUGAAAAAAUCAACACCAUUCCGCCCGCUCUGUUAACGUCGAUCAACUGGAGGCUGUAUUUGGUCCCUGCAAUUAUUGGGGUGACCACUUUGAUUUUGUCAUGGCUGACUUGGCACUUUUCUCAAGAUUUCGGCUGGCACGCUUUCAAGAAACUAGGAGCGAACAUUGCCCUGAGAAAAGCAAUGAGAGUCAAAUCGAUUUUUUACUUGUUACAAAAAUUCAAUUUUUUCUUUUUAGUUGGCUUUUGCGUUUUAAUCGUCCAGAUGAGAAAGCAGAGCCAGCUCAUUCUACAGACGCUGGAUAUCAUCUUACCUUCCUUAGCUUUAGCCGCCACUUGUCUGGUGCAACUUUUUGCAAGCAUUGCCGUUGAACUGGAACUACGGCCUUUCAUUUUCCUUUACGGGAUAUUUUGGUCUGCGGCGAUGAUGUUCAUGGGAUAUGAAAUUAUUGAGCUGCAUCCAAUAUCAGAAGCUACAGAUUCACAACAUUCAUUAAUCUUGUUCUCCUCGUUGACGAUUUUGCUGUUGUUUUCGACGGGAAUUGUGUCGAUAUUUUGCUUUAUGAAUUUCAACAAAGGGCUCAAAGGAGAAGAAGAUUCAUUCAUUGUAAGGCUUUUUCACAAGAAAGCAAGUUCCCAAUCCAGCGCUCCGCACUCUCUGGAGCCAAACUACAAACUUCAGAUACGGGCAGUCCUAGAUUAAACAAAAAGAGACAUCAAUACCAUUAGCGCAAUAUCAGUUUACCCUUUAUUUUGCUUUACUUUUCUCUCCGAUCUUUCAUUGAUGUGUGGUAUCGGCCGUACAAUUACAACGUCGCUCUCUUAUUUGUCCAAAAACACUUUGAUUCCCAUGUAUCCACCCUUUUCCUGGCUUUUUUUGUCAAAACUUGUAUUUAAAAAGGAAGGACACUAUUAUUUUCAUUACCUGAUUUAAUUUUUGGAGUGCAUACCUGCUCACAUAAAGCGA